AGUUCUGCCACGUGACGACCAAAGUGGAAAGGCGUCAACGGAAAGGCGAAAACGAAAAGGAAAAAUAGAGUAGGGAGAGGGAGGAAGAGAUCACUCGGGUGCGGUUCUAUGAUUCCCUCGUCCCUUCGCGCCGCCGACUCCGUCCUUCUCCUUCAUGGUGGUAGUGCCGGAGAAUCCUCUGACUGGAGAACCGGCCGGCUCGGUACCGGGAUCGGUGGCGGUGGCAGCUUGCGCGGCCAUGGCCCUCUUCUACGUCGCGAUUCUCUACGCCCCGACUCUCAUCCUCCGCCUCCCUCCCCCGAGCUCUCUUGAUAGCUUCAUGAUCCGGAGGUUCGCCUGCGCCAUUGUCUCCUCCGCCAUCUCCGUGCUCGCCUCCGCCAUUCUCCUCGGAUUAGGGAGAUUCCAGGACUUGCCAUUGGUUUUGGGUGUAUUUGGCAUCAGAAAAGACCACUUGUGGCAAGCUGUGGUCUUUCCUCUGUUCCUGACAUCUUUACUGUAUUCUGGGUCAUUGGUAAAGAAGUCCUGGUCACUGAUGAAUCCAUGUAGAGGAGGCAGGACCAAUUCUGGGCGCGGAGUCCGUUCCCAUGAUUGUGUUAGAAGUGACGCUCCAAGGUUUCUAAACUGGGCAAGCAGUUGUGCUCGUAAUGUUAUGGUCUGGCGAAACUAUGUGGUGGCACCAUUUACAGAGGAGCUGGUUUUUAGGGCAUGCAUGAUACCUCUGCUUUUUUGUGGAGGCUUCAAAAUUUACAGCAUCAUAUUUCUUAGCCCAGUUUUCUUCAGCUUAGCACACUUAAAUCAUUUCCUGGAGCUUUAUUUUCAACAGAAAUAUAGCUUUUUGAAAGCUUUCCUGAUUGUAGGUCUCCAGCUUGGUUAUACUGUGAUUUUUGGUUCGUAUGCAUCUUUCCUCUUCAUCCGAACAGGAAACCUGAUAUCUCCUAUUGUGGCUCAUAUAUUUUGCAAUGUAAUGGGAUUGCCUACUUUGUCUUCUUCAAGGACAAAAGGUGCAGCAACUGUUGCAUGUGUAGCUGGCUUAGCAGGUUUCUGUUGGCUUUUAUUUCCUGCCACAAGUCCAGACAUGUACAAUGGUAGGAGAGAUGGCUGUAGCUGCUGGCAAGGAUAUUGCAGUUGGAACUAAACUGUAACUACGUGGUAGAGUUCAAGAAUGACUCGAUGAUAAUGAUAUGGUGAUUUUUUGGUAGAAAGGAAAAAGACUAGAUUAUCUGCUUGCUGUUUCUUUCCUGCCUAAUGUUUACUCUGGCCUUCACUAGCGGGUGAUCAGAUGGCAGGAUGUAGAGCUGCUCAAUUAUGCUUGUCAAAACGGCUAAAAGGAAUCAAACUUUUCGAUUGAUAGGGGCAAAACACAAGGGGCAUUAAUAGGAGGGAUUUUUUUCCUUAGCGAGUUUUCCAGACCAUAGACAUUUCUUUGUAAUGGAGCAACCAAUGCUGAAAAGGUAGUGCUUUGAUGAAAUAGCUGCAAUUUCUCUAAUUAAUAGCUACAGCUUCAGCAACACAGCUAACGCUUGCGGAUCAUCUGUUUGCUGCAUUCUGUGGAGGGACAAAAGCCCGAGAUCUUGAUAUUGGUGAUGCUGAGGUCCAUUAUUGUGAUAGCCUCUGAUUUUUAAGCAUCUAAAAUGUUAUUUUAUUUUAAACUGUAUGCACUAUUUCUUGAUCGAAUACCAGAGGACCAAUCUACUCAUGGCACAGCUGAAUCUUUGAUGGAAGUUGAAUUGAAUGAUCCCCUGUUAUGGCAAUGAAUAUCUCUAGCAUUUUUGAGA